AAGAGGCCAUUCAUUCAUUCCCAUCGCGGACUCCACUGUUUUGUUUCUGUAGUGGUGGCUGACCUCCAUUCCGAACGGGCCAAUCGCGUGGAAGCGGGUUACGCUCGCACAUGCGCAGAAGCGGCAGAGUAAUUUGUUGAUACCCUGCCUGGUAGUAUUUAUAUAGUUGUUGCUAUUUCAAAGACUGAACUCAUCCCUCGCGUGGGGAGUUGUGUCAGCACGGGAGCACAGUGAACUAGCAGCUUCUCUAUAUGAAGGGCUGAUGGAAGACACACGGGACCUGGCUGAACGCACCCCACGUUCAGAGCGUAAGCGGAGAGACUCUUUCGGGAUGUUUGAUGGGUAUGACAGCUGCAGUGAAGAGUCAACCAGCAGCUCUAGUUCAGAGGACAGUGAGGAUGAGGUGGCACCUUCCAUCCCUGUCAGCCUUCCCAUCAUCAAGAACAAUGGUCAAAUCUACACUUACCCCGAUGGCAAGACUGGAAUGGCCACUUGUGAGAUGUGUGGGAUGGUCGGAGUACGAGAUGCUUUUUACUCCAAAACCAAGCGUUUCUGCAGUGUGUCGUGUUCGAGGAGUUAUUCCUCUAAUUCCAAAAAAGCUAGCAUCUUGGCUAGACUACAGGGCAAACCACCAACGAAAAAGGCAAAAGUCUUACAGAAACAGCCUCUCGUGGCAAAAUUGGCAGCUUACGCCCAGUACCAAGCAAGUCAACAGAACCAGGCAAAAUCAAAAGCUGUGGUCCCCGCAGAGAGCUUUGACUGGGGUCGGUACAUCUGUAGCAAUAACACAGUCGGAGCUCCAGUCAGCUGCUUCAAGCAUGCCCCUAUGGGGACGUGCUGGGGAGACGUAGAGGAAGGUGUUAGGAUUGAAGUGCUCAACUCUGACACCAAUCUCUCCACCAAGGUAUACUGGAUAGCAGAAAUCAUUAAGCUAGCAGGGUUCAAGGCUCUCCUGCGCUAUGAGGGUUUUGACAACGAUACCAGUAAGGACUUCUGGUGUAAUCUCUGUAUCCCUGAGGUUCACCCAGUGGGAUGGUGCGCCUCCAGUGGCAAACCCCUUGUACCUCCAAAAAGCAUACAGCAUAAAUACUCUAACUGGAAAGCCUUUCUUGUAAAGCGUCUUACGGGAGCUAAAACACUGCCACCUGACUUUAAUACCAAGGUACAUGAGAACACGCAGUUCCCCUUUAAAAAGCUGAUGCGGGUGGAGGUGGUGGAUAAGAACUACCUGUGCCGGACGCGGGUGGCGCUGGUGGAGCAGGUCAUCGGCGGUCGCCUCCGGCUGGUCUAUGAAGAGAGCCAAGAUGGAUCUGAUGACUUCUGGUGCCACAUGUACAGCCCUCUCAUCCAUAAUAUAGGCUGGUCGCGAAGCAUUGGACACCGCUUUAAACGAUCUGAUAUCACUAAGAAAACGGAUGGUCAAGUUGAUGCGCCUGCUCCGCUCUUCCAGAAGGUAAAAGAUGUGGACCAGAGUGGGGACUGGUUCAGAGAUGGGAUGAAGUUAGAAGCCAUUGACCCCCUCAAUCUCUCAGCUAUAUGUGUAGCCACUGUAAGAAAGGUUUUGGCAGACGGGUACCUCAUGAUCGGGAUUGAUGGUUCGGAGGCAGUUGACGGAUCAGACUGGUUCUGUUACCAUGGUGCCUCCCCUUCCAUCUUUCCUGCCGGCUUCUGUGAAAUCAACAACAUAGAACUCACGCCCCCUAGAGGGUAUACUAAACUACCAUUUAAAUGGUUUGACUACCUCAGAGAAUCAGGAUCAAUAGCUGCUCCUGUCAAGCUUUUUAACAAGGAGGUUCCCAAUCAUGGUUUUCGACAAGGCAUGAAGCUAGAGGCUGUUGACCUGAUGGAGCCGCGGCUGGUGUGCGUUGCCACAGUGACAAGAAUAGUGCACCGGCUACUGAGGAUCCACUUUGACGGCUGGGAGGACGAGUAUGACCAGUGGGUGGACUGCGAGUCACCUGACCUCUACCCUGUGGGCUGGUGUCAGCUGACAGGCUACCAGCUCCAACCCCCUGCUUCUCAGAGUAACAGAGACAUGCCUCAGUCUGUGCCCAAGCAGAAGAAAAAGGCCCAGCAGUACAAAGGCCAAAAGAAAAAGAGGAAGAUUCCGGUUGGUCGACGGCCCUUCAGUCAGGCAGGCAGGAGGAGGAGCAGCUUCUCAGGGGACGAAGAGCAGAGUCCGCCCCCUUACCCUGCCCAGGGGCCAGCUCGGCCCCGGCCCCGAACCCACCUCCACCAAACCCACAAAUCAGAGUCUCUCCUGCGCAUGAAGGAGGAGGCAGCAGAGGUGGACGAGUUCACCUUCUCACAGGGCACAUCCGACCAGGAGAGCAACGGCUCAGGCAGCUACUACAUCAAACAGGAGCCCUGAGGUCACGAGGUCGGGACAAACUGGGAACAGGACGGACAUCUGGAAAACCUCAGCAGGAUCAGGAAAAUGUAGAGUCAAGCUAGCCUCAAAUCACACUCGUAGACCAAUGCCACAGGCCUUCUUUGGAGUCAGUACAGGAGACGGUGAUGAAGAGGAGAAGAGGGCUAGUCGUGCUUCUGACAAGUCCUGAAAGAACAUCCCUCGUAGACAGUCUUCAACAUUGUAGCUGUGUGCGCACGUAAUCACCCAUGCAACCCGUUUCAGGGGUUGGGAAGCACCUGGGGAGGGUCACACAUAUUUGGGCAUUUGCUUUCGUGCCACUGUUGGGUGCCGCAACAUCGGCUUUCUCUCCUCUCCUGUCUGAAACAUCCAACCAGACGAGAUAUAUUUGGAUGGAUUAAAAAUCAGCCUUUUUUCCCACAGAGAUGGAGGGUCAACACACGCCUGUCCUGCCUUCGCCACAAUCUGGGCCACGCACAGAGACCUGUAGAAACUGUGAGAACCAUUUAUUGAGCCAGGUCUUUUGUUUUAUUUCAGAUUUUUGUUUUUUUUUGUAUAUAUAUACACACACACACACACUUAUAGGACAGCACAUAUAUACAUAUACAUAUAAAUAUAUAUAAUUUGGUUGGGUUUGGUUGGUUUUCAGGUUUAUAAAAUGCAGUUGGUGAGAGUCACCCACUGAACAGCCUGAGGAGAUAAGAGAAGAAGAAAGGCUGGCAGAGACAGGAGCAGAGUUGUGUAUAUUUUGAUUAUUUUCAAAUUGCCAGGUGGACUUUUACUUCAUUGAAAGUACUUGAAGUUUUGUUUAUUUUUCCUUUUUUUUUUUUGUAAUGAUGUGUGUCUUAAUGUUCCUAUUUUUGCAUUUACAUUUUUGGUGGUUGUGUGGGAAAUGUAACGUGCGUUGUUUCACAGAAGUGAUUAUAUUCAAAUAGUAUGUGAAGACCUAUUAAAAUAGAAUUGCAGAAUAUAGAUCAAGGAUUGUAAAUUGGAAGACAGAUCCCAGUACAAUACUGCUUAGCAUUACUGAUGUUCAAGAUUUCUGCAGCUGCAUUUAUUUCUGAUUUCAAACAUUACAGAACCAAAGUCUGAUUCAAGAUACAUGAUAUUUCUCCCAGCAGAUUUUGAGCUCACAGGUUUAAUCAAAAUCACCAAAACUGUUCAGAUGACGUCAUUAUCAUGUAAUUUAUUUAUUUAUUCACAUUUUUUGAUGAAUCCUUUAGAAAACAAUGCUCAUCACUGUUUUCCCUCCUUUCUGAGAUCAGUCUCUGGAUGUAUCUUUCACACUGAGCCAUAAUCUUACAUUUGAAAAGUAAAACUAAUGACUUUCAUGUCUUUUUGUUAAAAUUAGUGCGUUAUUAAAAAGUUUUGUUAAUGAAUUUUUAGUUACUCCUAUUCUAUCUAGAUCUACAAAUUGUCCCCAUUUAUAACAUCCACAAGCUACACCCAGGACCUAUAGGGUAAAUUUCUUUAACUUGAAAUAAUUAUUUUGCAAGUUUGCAUUGAUUUGACGCAGACACCGUUGUUUCUUAAAAGUUAGGUAUUGAAUACAGAAAUCUUCCUGCACAUUCCACUUGGCUUUUAUGAAGUCUGUACAGCGUGUAGAUGUUAUAAUUCUUCAGCUACACAAAGUGGGUAUUGUGGGGAAAAUCAGUUAUUUUUUUAUUACUACAUUCUGAGCAACUGUAAAUCAUCUGUAACACAACUUCACACAACUUCACACAACCUCUUCUUCUCGGUGCAGCUGCUAAACCUGCCUGUUUGUUGCAGUAGAUCACACGAGGCAACAUAAGCUGAAUCAAGCAAAAAAUGUAUCUCAUUAUCUAAUUUGAUGUCAAGCAGCUUUGUGGAGCUUCAGGGACCUAUCACAGUAAAUCCCACAAUACCACUAACUGUGGGUUAGUAACUGCUUGUAGCAAGAAUUCAGCCGUGCUAAUGAGCCUGGUCUUCGUCCUCUAUAUUCUUUACAAAACUAAAAUCUAGCAUAAAUGUAUCAUUUAUCAUUUUUAACAAUUCAGGGUCUUUGUGCUGUAAUGUUUCACAGAAAUGAUGAAGCUGUGGAGA